AUGGUUGGUCAGGAUCUGGGCAGUAGCCCCAAACUGGAGAGUCUGGCAAGCAUCAGCGAGAUUCCCGGGGACACAUCUGCGCCUACCUCCAAGGACACCACCAAGAAGACCGAUACGAACGGCCAAACUGGUGCCAAUACGAAUAUCCCUCCCCCCAAAACUGACAAGCCCCGACCACAUGUCUGUACCACUUGCGGGCGAUCAUUUGCUCGGCUAGAACAUCUGAAGCGCCAUGAGCGGUCGCACACGAAGGAGAAGCCAUUCGAGUGCCCUGACUGCUCCCGGUGCUUUGCUCGCCGGGAUCUUCUUUUGAGACAUCAGCAGAAACUGCACAUGACCACGACUCCGUCGUCGCGGCCCAGAAAUGCUCGGAGAGAAAGCACCGGAGCUGCUGGUACUGGAGCGAAUCGCGUCCGCAAAAACUCCAUUGCCAGCAAUUCGAAUAGUAUUCGUCCUCGGGCCAAUACCAUCAGUCACAUUGAUGGAGCUUCUCUAGGCAUGGCCAACAACGACCCCAGUCACUCGGUAACCGCCACAGGCCAUCCAGGACAUGCUCAUCAUCCUAGCAUGGGUUCAAUAUCUAUGGGUUCGAAUAUCGAUUUUCACCGCGGGUACAGCUCAAGUCAUCCCUAUGCCAGCAGCCUUCCCAAGCUGGAGACUCAUGGUCUGCCCAUGGAUCUUUCCGGUGGACUUCGCACCGCUCCUGUGUACGGCAGCUUUGAUCUGACCAUGGGGGACUUUUUCAUGAACCAUGGCACUACGAUUAAUCCGGCGCAGCUCCACUUUGGUGGCUCUCCACAAGGUUACGGAAAUGACUCGCCGUCAUCCCCCUUCAGUCACGGCUCGCAUCAGGUGCAACCCCCCACUGAUCCAAUGUUGGAGGAAGACUUCAGCUUCGACUGGAUGAACGGUUUCGAUCCGUCCAUGCCGUCCCUGGGUCAGAGCAACGACUCCGCGAUAGAUGAGUCGUCUCCCUCCGCCAUGAGUACUGGCAGCCAAAGUGGAAUCAGCGAGGCCGUGAUGGAUGGAACCAAUCGGUUCUCGAUCUCGUCUUCCGGCUGGCAUAACCCUUUCCCGCCACACUCGGCGGGUCCAACAAAUCAGUUCGCCAUGGAUUACUCCUCUCCGACCCUUAAUGAUCUAGGCAUCCCUCCCGAGACCGUGUCACCCAAGUCGCUGAUGGCGCAGAACCCGUUUGCUGAGACCUAUGCUACUCCCCCCUCCAUGACGUCGGUGGGCCAGCCCUUGAUGGCAGGACAUUCCCAGAGUAUGUUUUCAUCUUCUAUGGCAACAAACGGCGAAUCUCCUAAUCCUCUCAACCUGCCUUUCACGAACAGUGCCCUACGAUCUCACCAUGCCCCAACCUCAACCGAUACCUUUACAGACUCCACACGACAGGCAUUAUUAGCCAGCAUGGCUUUGCCCACCGGUCUCCAUAAUCAUCGCAAGUACAGCCAGCCAGCCAGCGGAAUGAUGCCCUGUCGCGACCUGUUUUCGCGUUCCGCCAACUUCAACGGUACCGGCCAACUCCCCAGCACUCAAGACAUGCAGCGUUAUAUCUCGGCCUACAUUACGUAUUUCCACCCGCAUAUGCCGUUCCUUCAUAUUCCGACACUCAACUUCCAAGCCCCCGAAUACACAAACAACCUUCGUACUCCAAGCGGCCACCUGAAUUUGAGCUCUACGGGUAUCGCCGGCGGCGGAGGCUGUCUGAUCCUUUCCAUGGCAGCCAUCGGCGCUCUCUACGAAUUUGACACCGCCGCCUCGAAAGAUCUUUUUGAAGCAGCGAAGAAGAUGAUCCAACUAUAUCUUGAGGAGCGUCGAAAAGCUGACAUGUCUGCUGCAUUUUCGCGCUCCAAUCCCGCGCGCGAGAACUCGGUUCACAACACGCCGCUGUGGCUGGUCCAGGCGAUGCUGCUCAACGUAAUCUACGGACAUUCCUCCGGCGAUAAGACGUCAGCGGACAUUGCAAGCACCCACUGUGCUGCUCUGGUCAGCCUCGCUCGCGCUGCUGGGUUGACCCAUCAUAUCGAUGCCAAAGACCUUCCCCAGGACUACUUGAACGCCCAUUUGAGUGGUAAAGUGGGUUCCAGAGGUGCGAGUUCCGAAUCAGAAGACUCCAAUACCGCGUCAUUCGGGCCGCCGAAGGAGAGAAAAGACUGGUUGGAUUGGAAGAUUGUUGAGGAGCGCAAGCGGACACUCUAUGCGAUUUUCACCCUCUCCUGUUUCCUCGUCUCGGCCUAUAACCAUGCGCCGGCGCUUACCAACUCAGAAAUCCGCCUUGACCUACCGUGUGAGGAGGAUAUUUGGGCAGCCGAGUCCCCUCAAGCCUGGAAGAAAAUGGGUGGACAUCUGUCCGCGAAGAAGGGUUUGACAUUUUCGUCUGCAUUGACUACGCUCCUGACAGCCAGUCAGCGCGAGCAAUCUCACACGUCCUCAACCGAUCCAACAAACGGUUCAGCGUCGGAUCCUACCGCCACUGAUCUGAAGCCUAGUACCUUUGGGUGCCUCGUACUCAUUUAUGCUCUUCAUAACUAUAUUUGGGAGACGCGGCAACGGCACAUGGGCCGGCAGUGGACCGCUCGUGAGACAGACGCCAUGCAAGCGCACAUUGAGCCGGCAUUGCGGGCGUGGCAGACCGCGUGGGCCAACAACCCUAUGCAUAGCCUGGAGCGGCCCAAUCCGUUUGGAGCAGGCCCUCUCUCAGCCGAUAGCAUACCACUGUUGGAUCUGGCUUACAUCAGGCUGUUUGUAAAUCUGGGACGGAGCAAGGAGGCUUUCUGGCAGAGAGACUGGAUUGCCAUGUCAGACGAGUUGGCCCGCGGCACCGAAGUGUUCCCGUAUUCGGACGACAUCCCUUCGGACGUUUUGGACCCCUCGAUCACUCAGGUGCCAAGUGAGUUCGAUCAUCGUCGCGAUUCGGUGGCCGACCUGGGUGUCGGGGAUCUCACUAUCUCCAAGACCCCGACUCGGGAGCAACCCAUGCAGAUCUUGAUGGGUGUCUACCGGCCGGGACAGUCCAAACGCGAGAAGCACUUGCGCAAGGCUGCCUUCUAUGCGGCCGAUUCAAUCACCAUGUCUGACCGACUCGGGAACACGUUUGCCGAAUUCACGUGCAGGGAACUACCUCUGCAGUCCGCCAUGUGUGCUUUUGACUGUGCGCAAGUACUGGCGGAAUGGAUCACGACCGUUCAAGAACGGGUUGGUCCCUACUUAGGUGUCCUCGGGCGUGACGAUGUUGAUCUCGCUCAUGCCAUGAAUGUCAUGCUACUCGAAGAAGAAGAUUGCAAACUGUUGGAAAAGAUCAGGGAGAUCCUCUCCAGUGUGGAGAGCAAAAUGCAGCGGGACGUGCAGACGAACACUACCGUGGCCACGUUGAGCGUUCUGCAACGGCUGCCUAGUGUCGUUGAAGGGGUUAUGGCUGCAAGAUCUUGA